CUCUCUCAUAAAGCCACGUUUUAUUGUAGUUCAACGUUGUAAUCAGUUCAAAUUGGCAGAUCCUAGGUGAACUUCAGUGACCACGCCACUUCAACAACUUCCAUCACUCCUAACCCAGCUGCACUCAGUGAGUGAACCAUCUCGAGUUCUUGAGCUUUCGAUCAAUGGCAACCCUGACAACCUCACACUUUGUUUCGACAAGUUCACAUUUCAGCAGCCAUGGAGCAGACACAAAGGCCAAUCUUGCACAGGUUGGUGCCAGGAAUCAAGCCAUGACUCACAAUGGUUUGCGGUCUUUGAACAAGGUCGAUAGGUUGCAGAUAAGGACCACCAACGCAAAGGCUGUCGUUACGAAAGCUAUGAAACAGGCAGAUCACAGGCCUUUGGGAAAAAUUAUUUGCGGAAUAGGGAUGAAUAUAGUGUUUGUGUCAGCUGAGUGUGGCCCCUGGAGCAAAACUGGUGGACUCGGUGAUGUCCUCGGUGGACUUCCUCCCGCAAUGGCUGCCAAAGGACACCGUGUUAUGACAGUGUGUCCUCGCUAUGAUCAGUACAAGGAUGCAUGGGAUACAAGUGUGUUAGUUGAUCUAAAAGUCGGAGACAAAGUUGUAACUGUUCGGUUCUUCCACUGCUACAAACGUGGAGUUGAUCGUGUCUUUGUCGAUCACCCCAUGUUCCUUGAGAAGGUAUGGGGCAAAACAGCAUCCAAAAUCUAUGGCCCCAGAGCAGGUUUGGACUACGAAGACAAUCAACUGCGGUUCAGCUUGUUAUGCCAGGCUGCUUUGGAGGCACCUAGGGUUCUAAAUUUAAAUAGCAGUAAAAAUUUCUCAGGACCAUAUGGGGAAGAUGUUGUCUUUAUUGCAAAUGAUUGGCACAGUGCUCUUCUUCCAUGCUAUUUAAAAAGCAUGUACCAGUCAAGGGGUAUCUACAUGAAUGCAAAGGUUGUAUUUUGCAUCCACAACAUAGCCUAUCAGGGAAGAUUUGCCUUUGCAGAUUUCAAACGUCUCAAUUUGCCUGAACGGUUCAAGAGUUCAUUCGAUUUCAUUGAUGGGUAUAACAAGCCCGUCAAGGGAAGGAAAAUUAAUUGGAUGAAGGCUGGAAUAUUGGAAUCACAUAGAGUCUUGACUGUAAGCCCAUACUAUGCCCAGGAGCUUGUAUCUGGUGAAGACAAAGGUGUAGAACUUGAUAACAUCAUUCGUAAAACUGGCAUCACCGGCAUCGUGAAUGGCAUGGAUGUUCAAGAAUGGAAUCCUGCCUCUGACAAAUACAUCAGUGUCAAAUAUGAUGCAACAACUGUAAUGAAGGCAAAGCCAUUGUUAAAGGAAGCUCUUCAAGCUGAGGUGGGAUUGCCUUGCGACGGAGAUGUUCCUUUGAUCGGAUUCAUUGGUAGGCUAGAAGAGCAGAAGGGUUCAGAUAUUUUGGCAGAAGCUAUUCCGAAAUUAGUUGCUGAAAAUUGCCAGAUUGUAGUCCUUGGCACAGGCAAAAAGGCCAUGGAGAAGCAGAUUGAGCAGCUGGAGAUCCAAUACCCUGACAACGUUAGAGCAGUAGCCAAAUUCAAUGUCUCAUUGGCCCAUAUGAUUAUUGCUGGUGCUGAUUACAUUUUGGUCCCUAGUAGAUUCGAACCAUGCGGUCUCAUUCAGCUGCAUGCUAUGCGAUAUGGAACAGUUCCGAUAGUUGCCUCUACUGGUGGACUUGUUGACACAGUCAAGGAAGGAUUCACAGGGUUCCAAAUGGGAGCUUUCAACGUUGAAUGUGAUGAAGUGGAUCCAAGUGAUGUGAUUAAGGUGGUAAAAACUGUCAAGAGAGCUCUUGCAACAUAUGGGACUCAAGCACUGAAAGAAAUGAUCCAGAAUUGUAUGGCACAAGAUUUUUCAUGGAAGGGACCAUCAAGGUUGUGGGAGAAGAUGUUGUUGAGCCUCGGGGUGGCUGGCAGUGAACCUGGCAUUGAAGGAGAGGAGGUUGCUCCUCUUGCCAAGGAAAAUGUUGCCACACCCUGAGCAUAAUCAGAAGGCAACUAUGGAUAAAGCUUAGUAACCUGUUUUCUUAGACAACCAAGUCCAAGUACCUGUCUACUCUCGAUAGCCAUUGGCUUGACCGGCGGAAAACAAACUGACCUGCCAUACGUGAAGUCAGUAGUGCUAUUUUUGAGGGUGAAAAGUCAGGAGAUAGUAUGAUAUAUAUCCAUAGUUAUAGCAGCUAAUGGGUGUUAGUAAUGUUGUCAAGAACUUAAAGGAGAAUCAGUUUCUCUGCAUAGUUUUAUGAGUAGUGAGCAAUGUGAAAUAAGAUAAAAUGUUCAACUUCUACUUAAGGUGUCUUCUUACGUGAAUGAAUGCUUGCAUCAUAUUUGAGCUUUA